AUGGUACACCAUGGAAAAGAUGACACAUUUCAGUAUUUCAAUAAGUUACAGAAACGGCGGCAGUCAGAGGCAGCUAACUUGUGGAAUGAACCAGCAGACUCCGCUCAUGUGGAACGGGGAGAUGAUCAUGAGCUUCACAAGCUGCUAGAGAAAAGGUCAAAAAUGCAUCGUGGGUCAGAGGGAUACCGACGUUUGAGCUUUGACAUCAUUGCCCACCGACAGAUCCGUCGAAAGGUAAAGGAUCGAUGGAAACAUAUCUUGGAAGUCUUAGGAUUCAAAGCUGAAGCAGAUGGCCUACUUACAGUAACUUCCUGUACUUCCUAUGAAUCUCUCCGCAAUCCUCAAGAGGCCUGCAGACUCCACACUAUCCUGGCUGAACAGACAUCAAUUUUUGGUCAUCAUCAUGGCGGUCCACCAGAGAGAUAUCUCUUUGUCCUGCCUUUCCACAGCACCCCUGGAUGUAGGCCACCAGAUCCAUGCUUCAAAACUAUGGAUGACAAAGACAGAGUAGCAAAGACCUUGGAUUUUUCUAGAUCUCUUUGCUGCCAUCUAGAAGCAGGAAAUGAAUACUAUUUGGACCGGCUUGUUCUUCUUGAUGUGGGAGAUGAUUUUCUGUCAGCUGCACGACACUUUUAUCCUGCAGAGGAAGAAGAAGACAGCAUGUCUUCCAGUGAUGGAGGACCAUCUACUCCUGGUCCUGUCUUAGUACAAUUAAAUAAUGAAACCCCAAAAGAGGCUGAAGUAGAAGAGGGGGAGGAAUUAAAGGAGGACUAUACACAUUUUGGAGAGGCAAAAGGAGGAAAUUGA